AUGGCGGCGGCGCGGCGGCGGCUGCUGCUGCUGCUGCUGCUGCCGGCGCUCCUGCGGCCAGGCGUGGCGGAGCCGGAGGCCCCGGGCGAGGGCCGCGCCUUCACGUGCCUGUCGCCUGCGCCCAGCCUGUCGUGGUACCUCGACGGCGAGGGGAGCGGCGCCUCCAGCAGUCCUGCCGCCUUCGAGGAGAGCGGCGGCGGCGGCGGCGGCGGCCCCGUGGUGGGGACGGCGCGCCGCCUGGACCGCCGCCUCAACUGCUCGGCCGUCGACCCGGCCACCGGCCACGAGUCCCGCGCCGCCGUCGUCCUGCACGUGCAGUUUCAGCCCGAGCUGUUGCCGGUGGACGGCCGCGCCGACGAAGGGCGGGGCCCCGGCCUGCUGCUGGUGCUCUUGGUGCUGGUGCAGGCCAGCCCCCCGGCCCGCAUCACCUGGGUGGACGCGGACGGCCGCCGGACGGUCGACACCUCCCACUUCCUCAUCGUGGACGCCAAGACCUACCCCUGGCUGAGCCGCCGCGCCGUGGAGGUGCAGCUGCGCACCUGGGCCCGCAACGACUCCCACGCAGCCGGCCGCGCCAACGCCUCUGCUCUGCUGCCCGGUUUCCUGGACACCCGCAUUGAACUGCCCCUCCUGGCCCUGCUUGUGGGUGCUGCUGUGACCCUGGGGGUGUUCGUGGGCCUGGGGACACUCAUCAGCUGUGUGGUAUACCAGAAAGGAAAGAAGGCUGCAGGACUCACCCGGCCAGCCCCGUUGCCUGCGAGUGACUCAAACCACCUGAUGCCACAAGGGCCCCGGCUGCCGCGGGCAAACAUGUCCCUACCCUCCAACCUCCAGCUCAACGUCCUCACGCCAGAGCCAAAAGCCGAUGGAGUGGAGGACGAGGAGGGGGCCCUCUCAGAGCCAGAGAAUAGCCUCGCCUUGGAGAACAGAGGUCUCAGCCGCUUCCCCAUGGUCGGGUACAUCUACAGAGCAUCGAGUGUCAGCAGCGAAGAGAUCUGGCUGUAA